GGGUUUAUCUCAUAAGGAUAAACCAGGUUAUUUAGUGCAGUAAUAACUGGUGCAUAAUUUUAAUGGGUAAAGGGCAGUAACUCUCAUAAGUAAAUCAAUUGUAGUUUCCCUGUGGUGUACCCCUUUUUUCUAUGUCGUGAUCAUGCGCAAACUUGUCUUUAAUUUGGUGAGCAUGCGCGUUUAACUCUUCCUUUUUCUUCAUCAACCCUCAGAGCAGAACACACGAAAUUUUAGUGUCCGACAAAUUUUGUUUAAAUCGACAUCCAUCAUUGGCAUCGAUAAAAUAAACUGGAAAGAUGUUGCGAGCUCCCAGAAAAUCAAAGUCUAAGAGUCCUUAUGCCCGUCCUAGCGGUCAAGCUGCUGCAGCCGUUUCCACUGCGGUUAGGACCAUGCCACGAACCCAGGCGGCCAUUACACGGACUAGGCCUCAAGGUACUACAGCCACGUCAACCGUUUCGACGGCGACGCUUCCCCAGGUUGCUACUAUAGCCACCGGUAUUCCGGUUAACAGCGUGAUGGAACAAGCCAUACAGACCCAGCAGGACAUGGUUAACGAACAGGGGACUGGGAGCACAGCUAACCCAGGGGUCAUUUGGAUUAUAGGAUCUUCAAUUGUACAUUGGGCACAUAGCUAUGCAGUCAAAUCUAAUGAGUCAGACCUGGGAUUAGGCCAAACGAAAAUAUUGUGGCAUGGAAUUCGCGGAAUGGUAUGGGAGCAAUUAAACCCAACAUUAGACUUUUUAUUAGUUAGUAACAGAACUCCAGAUAUCAUUAUUAUUCACUGUGGGGGGAACAACAUUGGUCAACAGCAUAACACUUUAAGGGGUAUACAAAUGAUGAUAAAGGCCAGUUUAGCAAAAAUAAAAGAAAGAUUACCAAAUUGCAUUAUUAUUUGGUCUCAUAUCUUGCAACGUAGAAACUGGUCAAAUGUAGUAGCUAACACUGAAGGAGAAAAAUGUAGGCGGAGAAUUAAUAGUUCAGUAGCAUCUUUUGUAUUAAAUAAAUUAAACGGAGCAGCUAUUAAGUACCCAGAUAUAACUGCAAAUCAAAGGAAUUUAUUCCGUUCAGAUGGUGUUCACAUGACAGAUUUAGGCAAUGAUUUGUUUAUUAAUACUGUAAAGGGUGCAUUGAAACGAUUUUUAUCUUGUAAAUUUCAGAACAGGACCUUUCCUUGAAAUGGUUGUGCUUGUCAUGGUUAGGUGUAUAUCGAUAUGUGUUGUCAUAUAAUUUGAUUGAAUUAUUUUCAAUUUGAACAUGAGCGCAUCUGUCGCAAUUUUUAUUAUUUUGAAUUGGAUCAUGAGCGCAUCUGACGCAAUUUUAUCAUGAGCGCAUCUGACGCAAUUUUAUCAUGAGCGCAUCUGACGCAAAUUUAUCAUGAGCGCAUCUGACGCAACUUUAUAUCAAAUUUUGAAUGUUGGUGAAUUUCACCUCUUUGUGCGCAUUUUGUGCAAAUACUUUGAUUGUUUUGAAUAUUUCAAUCUGUUGAAGGGGCAAAAUUGCCGCCUUGUUUUAUGGCGGAUGGUACAUUCGACUUUGUCAUAUGUACCAUUUGGCAUAAUUUUGCAUAGAAUACCGUCUCCGGGGGGUACUGUUGUCUCCAGGCUCCUUGGAUCCAGGUGGUAUUUCUAUUGCUGUCUCAUCUAUAUUUAUUCUGCCAUAUAAUUGUAAUCGGCGCAUAUAUUUGUGAAUUACAUAUUAAAAUGUACAUAUAAUAAAAGGUCAUGACAAGCACGCCAAACAUAAUUAAAUGUUGUUUUUAUUUCUAAUGUGGUUGAGGCCAGGUUUAUAAGGAUGGUGUUUUAUAAAAAAGUUUAAGGUUAAAAAGGGUGGCUUUAUAGUCACUAAAUAAUAGGGUUUAUCUCAUAAGGAUAAACCAGGUUAUUUAGUGCAGUAAUAACUGGUGCAUAAUUUUAAUGGGUAAAGGGCAGUAACUCUCAUAAGUAAAUCAAUUGUAGUUUCCCUGUGGUGUACCCCUUUUUUCUAUGUCGUGAUCAUGCGCAAACUUGUCUUUAAUUUGGUGAGCAUGCGCGUUUAACUCUUCCUUUUUCUUCAUCAACCCUCAGAGCAGAACACACGAAAUCCCCCCCCCCCCCCCCCACCCACCUCCAGAAAAAAUUAAAAUUUUAAGUUAUAAAUUCUGAGAAUGGUGUCUUCUGUUUUUUCUCAAUUUUUUUUUUCAGCGUCAUGACCAGGACUUGUUAACAAGGGAUGUCAGUGUCAGCGCCGAUUGGUAGCCAUGUGACAAACUUUUCGUCUGAUGGACAGUUUUUGCUUUUGAUGGACUUGGCAUAAUUUUGCAUAGAAUACCGUCUCCGGGGGGUACUGUUGUCUCCAGGCUCCUUGGAUCCAGGUGGUAUUUCUAUUGCUGUCUCAUCUAUAUUUAUGCUGCCAUAUAAUUGUAAUCGGCGCAUAUAUUUGUGAAUUACAUAUUAAAAUGUACAUAUAAUAAAAGGUCAUGACAAGCACGCCAAACAUAAUUAAAUGUUGUUUUUAUUUCUAAUGUGGUUGAGGCCAGGUUUAUAAGGAUGGUGUUUUAUAAAAAAGUUUAAGGUUAAAAAGGGUGGCUUUAUAGUCACUAA